AUGGAAAAAAAUUUUAAACAGAAAAAUGUAAACCUCUUUAAACAUAGUAAUUUGUUUAGACCUUCAAUAAUGAUUUCAAGACAAUUAAUGGGGUUAGUUCCGAAACCUUCAGUCACUGUUAGGAGAUUUUUCAGCACGUCAUCAAUAAUAUUACAAAAAUCCGCAACACCAGGAUCGUCCACAUCAAUCCCUCAUCCACAUGUUACAUCAGCCGAUUAUAAACCACCAGUCACCAUUGAUAGAGAAUUACCUGAUCCAUUUUCCAAAAGGAAAACCAAUCGUCGUUAUUUACUUAUUUAUGGUAUUGGUAUAACAUUAUCAUGUAUUGCUAUUUUCAAUUAUGAAAAAACUCAAUCACCAAUUAUAACAUCAUCAUUAUAUUUUUUAAGACGGUCUCAACCAUCAAUUGAACUUUUAGGUAAAGAUAUUGAUUAUAGUUCUAGUUGGCCAUGGAUUUGGGGCAAAUUAAACACGGUUCAAGGAAUAAUAAAUAUUGAAUUUUCGGUUAAAGGUUCUAAAGGUAAUGGAGUGGUUAAAUUGAAUGCUACUAGAGAAUCAAAAGCUCACCCAUUUGAUGUUCAUCAAUUUGUAUUAGAAGUUGAAAGAGAUGGUAAAAAACAAGUUGUUGAUUUGACCAAGGAACCAAAUUUUGAUUUCAUGUAA